UCUCUCUCUCUCUCUCUCUCUCUCUCUCUCCUCCCUUUAUACCAUUGGUGGACUUAAUCUCAAGUGUCAGUAGCACCAUAAACGACAACAGCAAAAGCAAAGCAAAGCAAUAGCUGAGACUUGACAUAUCUGCCCAAUCCUUGUGCCUCCUAUUCUUUCUAGAUGAGCUUGGAUUGGUAGCAGGUUCUUUCAUCAACACUUCUUUCCUUCAUCACCUGGGUUUCCUUUGCAAGGAUUUCCCCUUUCACUGAGAUUUUUCUCUACAUUUUCCAUUUACAGAAACAUUCUCCAUCUUGAGUGUACUUUUUCUCCUCUUUAACUUCAAUUUUUUAUGUUUUCUUUCUUGUACCUUAAAAUCGAGGACUAGAGGAAAAACAUUUCUUUUACACUUCUGCAUUUUCUAUUUAUAGGUAAUCGUCAGUUGGAAGUUUUCUCUUGUGUGGAAAAUGACAAGGCAGAAAAUCCAGAUCAAGAAGAUUGACAACAACACAGCAAGGCAAGUAACUUUCUCAAAGAGAAGAAGAGGGCUCUUCAAGAAAGCUUAUGAGCUCUCUACUCUUUGUGAUGCUGAGAUUGCUCUCAUAGUCUUUUCUGCAACUGGGAAGCUUUUUGAGUAUGCAAGCUCAAGUGUGAAUCAGGUGAUUGAAAGGCACAAACUGCAUCCAAAGAACGUUGGCAAUAAGUUGGAUCAACCUUCUCUAGACCAGCAGCUUGAAGAUGGUACUUUUGCCGCAUUGAGCAAGGAAGUAGAAGAGAGGACCCUUGAAUUGAGGCAGAUGAGGGGGGAAGAGCUCCAAGGAUUGAGCAUAGAAGAGCUUCAACAAUUAGAAAGGUUACUUGAAAGAGGCUUGAAACGAGUCGUGGAAACAAAGGGUGAUGUAUUUGCAAAAGAAAUCAAUGCCCUCAAAAGCAAGGGAGCUCAAUUGAUGGAAGAAAAUGAGCGACUAAAGAAGCAAAUGAUGGAUAUACCAGUAGCCAGAAUGCAAUUGUUUGAAGCAGGACAACCAUCGGAUUCUGUGAUGACCAACACCAGCAGCUCAGCAGAUCCUGCUCAAGAUUUUGAAGGCUCCUACACUUUCCUUAGAUUGGGGUUACCCUUCCCAGAUUGAAUCUGAAGGAUUGAAGUGAUCAUUGAGGAUCAACGAAAUCAACCAAACCCAUCAACCCUAGUUAUAUUUAAGAUUCUUCUCUUCUUGCUUCCUGUCUGCUUCUCAUCAAUUAUGGGAAGCUAGCUACUGCCUACUUGCACCAGCAUAUGGAAGUUUGAUCAUGUAAGUGUGUAUGCUUAUAGAUCAAGACAAAAACAGCCUUUGUACCACUAGGCAACAGGCUGCUUUUACUACCAUUCAAGGUUUAUGUAUUGUGGCAAAUAUAUAUAGGUGUUGUGAAGCAGAUGAUGAAGCCGUCUAUAAUGUGUAUUAUAAGGAUUAAUGGACUUUAUUAAAGCCCAUCUCCCUCAUAUGUACAUACAGAUUCUCUAUCUUUUGGUCCAAUAAUUAAUGUAGACCAUUAUUUUCGGUUUA